UUUUGCUUCCACUCUACGUUGAUAUAGUCCCACUUGUUUGACCACCAGACGUAAAUAAAGGUCGAGUGACGUAAAAAUCACGUAGCGGGUUUACGGCGCCUCUAAAUUCGUAGAACAUUCGUAUACUCAUGAUCUAGGGAAACCCAUUUUAUUGGAUGAAUCAAGAGCUGGUUGGAUAGUAAACAUCCAUUUCGUUUAUAGAGUCCAUUGUGUCGUAACAUGAACGUUAUCGGUUUUCUUAUCAUUGCAGGUCUUGCUCUGAAAACUGUCCUGGCACAAGAAUCUAGAAAUACAAGCAAACUUGAAAGAUUUGUGUACGAUAGGUGCAGAAUUUAUAGCACUCAAGCAUCAGCGUAUGAUGAUGUGAAAACACAUUACGGCCAAUUUUCGGAUUACUUGUCCUACACCGCCAGUCUUCUUCCAAAAGGGAAAGAGCAAUUUUGUAAUGAUGAAAAACCCACUCUCAUUGGUAUGAUGAGACAGCUGGCUAAAGAUAUGCAGCCGUGUUUCCCCAAAGAUGAAAAGUACUUACCUAAAUUCAUGUAUGAAAGUUUUACCAGUUUCAUGAUUUUCGUCUGUAAAGAGAAAAAUAUGGAAAAUUUCUUCAGUUCUCAAGGCCGUGACUGUCGGACUGCCCUUAAGAGUCAACAGGCAGGACACGAAGUAGGAAACUGUUUCAGGAAAUUGUUUGCCCGAUUCAGUGAUGUUGUCAAAAAGGAUGAUUUGUGCAUGGACUUGAAGUUUACCAAGACUUGUUUUAGCGAAGCCCUGGCCAAAAACUGUCCGGAUUUCGCUGGGUACCAAUCUCUAAACUCGAAGUUUUUCAAAGCGAUAAGAGAACCAUGCGAUAGUGCAGUACCUGUCGGAGCUGGUAGUGUGAUAUUAAUGAUAAUCGCCUUCAUUUCUACAAAAACCUUCUCUUAGUAUGUAAAUAUGCACUCGAAUUUUAAAUGCUGUGAAUAUUGUCUUGUUACUGCUAUAUAUAUAUAUCGAUUUGUUGUAUAUUUGUAAUUUAAAAUUAAACACCAUUGUACGUAAGUGUUGCCACCCACCGUGUCAAUUAGAAAAAUAAAACCAGUGUUUUGGUUACUUUUGAAUUAAA